AUGACGACUUCGCUGGUUCUGCAUCCACGCUGGGCGGACACCUUGAUGUACGUUUAUGAAAAAAGCCCGAAUGAAAACACCCAGAAUAAAAACCAAACAAUGGAGGGACUGAGCAGUAAUUGCCCUGCGACCCACUGCAGGGACCUGAUGUCGCACCCCGCGCUGGGACGACAUUCUGGCACCAUAGCGUCCCACCAGGGCUCCGUCUACUCGGAUAUUUCCUCUCCGGACACCGGCCGGCAGUGUCCCGCUCCACAGACAUCCUCCAGCGCGUCUUUGAGCUACGGCUAUCCGUUUGGAAACCCUUAUUACGGCUGUAGAUUAUCCCACUCGCACAACGUGAACUUGCAGCAGAAGCCCUGCUCAUAUCAUCCCGCAGAGAAAUAUGCCGAGCCCAGCACAGCGCUACCCACGGAGGAACUGUCUACCAGGGCCAAAGAGUUUGCCUUCUACCCGAGUUUCGCCAGCUCAUAUCAGGCUGUUCCAGGAUAUCUCGACGUGUCCGUGGUGCCCGGUAUCAGUGCCCACUCUGAGCCGCGGCACGACGCCCUGAUCCCCAUGGAGGGCUACCAGCACUGGGCUAUCUCCAAUGGCUGGGAUGGGCAGGUGUACUGCUCCAAAGAGCAAACGCAGUCCACUCAUCUUUGGAAAUCACCUUUUCCAGAUGUCGUGCCACUGCAGCCUGAAGUCAGCAGCUACCGUCGUGGGCGUAAAAAGCGCGUCCCAUACACCAAGAUCCAGCUAAAGGAGCUGGAGAAGGAGUACGCAGCCAGCAAGUUCAUCACCAAAGACAAGAGAAGGCGCAUCUCGGCCGCCACCAACCUCUCAGAGCGCCAAGUCACCAUCUGGUUCCAAAACCGGCGGGUCAAGGAGAAAAAAUUCGUCAGUAAAUCCAAGAACAAUCACAUGCACACCACUUGAUAAGAUCAGCAACCUCUCUGAAAACUGCUACUCAUAUCUUCCAAAAACAUCACUCCAUAUAUUUACCUCUUGCAUCGGAAAUCGUGGCUGGAGAACAUUUUGGCUGAGUGUUUUUCUUUCUUAUUUUUUUAACUUCCAUCUUCUUCCAUCGACCAUACCAAACCCCCUUCUGUUUUCAUUUAAGAGAAAAUAC